AUGUUAUCUUUACGAUCCUCAACCAGGUUGUUUUGUGCAAAAAGAUUAGCCUAUCAACGUACAGUUUACUCACAGGCUAGUAGCGACUUGAAAAGAGUAUUUAGCAAAAUUGAUGAUUUAAAACCUCGCUUCAUUAAAAGACUUAAAGAUGCUGUUGCUAUUCCUUCCGUGUCUUCAGAACCAGAUCGCAGAAAUGAGCUUUUUAGAAUGGCUCAAUUUAUAAAGUCCGAGUCCGAACCUCUUGGUGUGACUUUACAACAAAAGGAGUUAGGUUUACAAGAUGGUGUUACUACUUCGAAGGGUGAACCCAUACCUUUACCACCUAUUCUUCAAGGAACGCUAAAAGGGUCGGGAUCUGGUAAACGAAUUUUAAUAUAUGGACACUAUGAUGUUCAGCCUGCAAAUCUUGAAGACGGCUGGUCGUCCGACCCUUUCACAUUAGUUGAAAAACCAGACGGAAGAUUAGUCGGACGAGGUGUAACUGACGACAAAGGUCCGGUCAUUGCUUGGAUAAACACAAUACAAGCCUUUAAAGAAGCUGGUGUUGAAAUUCCUGUGGAUUUAGUUUUUUGCAUUGAGGGAAUGGAAGAGUCUGGCUCUGAGGGAUUAGAAGAUUUCAUAAAACAAGAGAAAUCUAAAGGGUUUAAAGGUGUAGAUGGAAUCUGCAUAUCAGAUAAUUACUGGGUAGGAAUAAAACAACCUGUUUUAACUUAUGGACUUCGAGGUGUUUCUUAUUAUAGCAUUACAAUCUCUGGACCCAGUGAAGAUUUACACUCUGGUUUGUUUGGAGGUACGACAUAUGAACCUAUGAUUGACCUUACUCAUGUAUUGUCGCGCCUAGUCACUCCAAACGGAAAAAUCUUAAUUCCUGGAAUUGAUGAAAUGGUGGCACUAUUGACACCUGAAGAGUCAGGCCUUUAUGAUAAAAUUACAUUCACAAUAAAUGACCUAAAAGAUGCACUUGGAAACGAUACUACUAUACAUGAAACACCUAAGGAAGCUCUUAUGAGUCGCUGGAGAUACCCUGCUCUUUCCAUUCAUGGUGUGGAGGGAGCUUUUAGCAGCCCAGGCGCUAAAACUGUCAUUCCCGCUAAAGUUUCUGGUAAGUUUUCAAUAAGAACUGUUCCGGAUAUUGAUUUAAAAAAACUUGAUCAGCUUGUCUUUGACCAUGUUGAAAAAUCGUUUGCCUCCCUGAAUUCCAAAAACAAGUUAAAGGUCGAACUCAUUCAUGCUGGAAAGUGGUGGGUCGGAGAUCCAAACAAUUGGAAUUUUGAAGCAGCUCGAAAAGCGACAGAAACUGUUUGGGGUGUCGAACCAGACAUGACUAGAGAAGGUGGAUCAAUUCCUAUUGCGUUAACCUUUGAAGAAGAACUUAAAAAGCCUGUUUUAUUGUUGCCCAUUGGUAGAGGUGACGAUGGAGCGCACUCAGCCUCAGAGAAGCUCGAUACUGUCAACUACAUUCAAGGCAUAAAAACUAUGGCAGCUUAUCUUUACUAUGCUGGAAAAUAG